AUGACAGACCGCUUUGUGUUAGUAAUUAUUUUAGGAACAUUAGUGACCUUAAUACAAUCUUUAUUACUGGAAAUACCAGAUACCGUGGCACAAACAUCUGGUUCUAGAACCAUCAGACUGUAUACAGACAAACGAUCAUGGAAAGAAGCACAGCAAAUUUGUAGAGAUAACGGUGGCCUUCUUAUUAGCUUGGAAACAGCAGCAAAGCGCGAAAUAUUUCAGAAAUUAAAAACGGAAGAUUUCAGCUCGGAUUAUGAUAGACCAUGGGUUGGUUUGUAUUGGACAAAUGAUCAAACAUUACAUUGGGACGGACUGACAGCAUGUCCCGCCCCCGCAGCACAAGAUGUAGAUAAUUAUAAUUUUAAAGCGGAUGGAGAAAGAAAUUUUAAAAAUGGUGAAAGAUGCUACAGAGAGAAUAAUGGUCUAGAGUUACGGGGCUGUGGGGGGAGUAAUAUGUUUGUCUGUGAAUUCUUUGCAGCUGAUGGCUGCCCAUAUGUGAAACAAAAUAUACCACUAGCUUACGGUUCCCAGGUUUACACUGGUGUACCAUCACUGGACGAUUGUCAAGCCGAAUGCAGCAAUAAUAAUGGGUGUUUUUUAGCUGGAACAGUUUUAACAAGAUGCAUUUUGAUGUAUUCUGUGGAUUCAGCAAAUACUUCUGUCGUUGUUAAGAAUUGCGCCUCAGGCUCUUCAAUUGAAACGUCAAUAAUAGGUGGUAUUACUGCUGAUACUACUAAUCCAGAUGAAUGUGUGAUAAAUCCCACUACAGCUGCAACUACAACACCAGUCCCGCCUCCUGCAUGCCCAGAAGAAACAGUUACAGAAACAAGCACUGAAACGAGUACUGAAACAACGACCGAUACGUCAACAGAAACCUCCACGUUUACAGAACACUUUACUGAGACUUCUACAGAAACGUAUACAGAAACAUCGACAGAGUUUAUGACUGAAACAACUACUGAAUCUUACACCGAAACUCAAACAGAAACUGUAACAGAAACAUCAACCAUUACCAAUGGUGCUACUACAGUAUAUGAAGUGAGCAGUAUAAUAAUCUCUGACGUUUCCACUGCAGUAAUAACGGUAACAGAAUCGCCAUCUUGUGAAGUAACAUGUUCUUCUUCAGAAAUUAUUGAGUCAAGUCCAGAAUAUAGCACUUCCUCGACAGUUUAUGUGCAUUUUUCUAGCAGUCUAUCAGCCAGCGACGAUGAAAGUGAUAGUUCCAUAACAACUUCGUCCACAUUUGGAGGAUUUUUAGCUUCGGACGGAACAUUGCGUACACAAGUUUGUCGCGACAUAAUAUAUGUCACCCAUGAUCCUGCACAAACUCAAGCUGCUGUCAACAGCAUAGUGAAUGAAUUAACAGUGGAAAAGGGUAAUUUGACUGCCGUAGUGAUUAAAAAAAUAAGUGCAGAUGACGAGCGUCCGUCCUCAACAGUGAUUGGUUAUGCCGGAGUAGUAUUUUUAGUAAUACCCAUUGUGUUAAUGAUAAUAGUAGAUGUACCAACAUAUUACAUUGCGGCUCAAGCUGCUGUCAAAUUUUGCAAAACCAACAAUCAUUAA